CUUGGUGCGUGAGGCAUUAGCAAAUCCUGGGAGUGGAUGUCUGGAUAAAGAAUAUAACUAUAGGUACAAGUUACUGCUAUUUUAUUUUCAAGACAAAUAAACUCUUUGCUGGAGGCCAAAACAAAUGAUCUUUUGAGAAGCGCAGGCAAAAUACUUGCUCAGGAAGCCCAGGGUAUUGAUGAAUGCUCGUACAUCCAGCGAAAUCAAAAUCCAGAAUGUUACAGGUACUUAUAUAAACUAUAAUUUCGCACAAGUCCUAUGACAGAAAAGAGUGACUUUCUGGAGAGAGAUUCUGAACAUAACUGUGAAGUUGAAAACGGAAUAAGUUCUCCUGUCGACGAACCCAAACUUAACCACGAGCUUUAUUCAGGCAAGGAUGAAAUAAACGACCGAAAUGUUCUUCCAGAACCUACUGAAGGUCUAGGUCUGAAAGCUCAAAAUCGGUAUUUGAAAGCGAAAGUCCGCGUACUAUUAGAAGAAAAUCAAAAGCUCAAUUCACAGAUGACUCAUCAAAAUGAUGAAAUUGUUCGAAUGAAAAGUCGUAUGCAAGAACUGGAAGAAGAACGUAAUCGGUUACAUCGAGUCACAUCUGCACAUUCAUCUCAGUUAGAGAAAAUGAAAAAAAGCUUGGGCGAAACACGAGUUCACUGUAAUGAACUAGAGACAGAAAAGACUAAUUACAAGAAGGAUUAUGAUUCACUUAAACGUAAUUCUGAUCAGCAAGUUCUCGAAAUCAAAUCUUUGACUACACGUCUUAAUCGUGCAAUUGAAGAAUCUGACCGUUAUAAAGCUGAAUUAGAGAAGGUCCGUUCAUCUACACGUGAGAGCGUUGGAUCUAUGCGUCAUAAUAUGGAUGAUUUAAUGGCUGAAAAUAAGCGGUUAGAAAAGCAAAAAUCCGAGUUAAUUUCAACAUUUAAAAAGCAAAUGAAAUUGAUCGAUAUAUUGCGCAGACAAAAAAUGCUAAUCGAAGCCUCUAAGUGCUUACAAAUCACAGAAGAUGAAUUUCUAAAGGCUCUCGAUUGGUAAUGUCUUUCAACACAAGCAUUUUCCUCGUAAUAUAUUAAUCUUCUGAAUAUUCAUAUUAUCAAUGAUUAUUUACGUUCUAUAUGCUUUAUUCAUUUAACUUUUCACAUUUGUAUUGUCUUUAUACUAGAUAAAAUAUAUAUCUGCU